UAAUCGGCCUUGGAAUGUGGAGGGGAAACUGUGAUAUGUUUGUUACAACUGGAUGGAAGAUAUAAUUGGAUAUACGCGCGUAUAUACGCAAAUAAUGUAGUUACAGCAUUUUAGAAUGUACAAUUUUCGUUGUCGGAUUUCGUGGUAAUUUCCUAUCAUGUUGUAAAUUACAGAUGUAUGAAAAUAUGUUCUCAAUUAUUUGGUAAUUUGCGGGGACGUGGUGUAACGUUAUACCUAAAAAAAAAGAUAGUACUUAUAGAUACUUUUGUUUUCUACUUAUUGUUUAUCAUGUUUGCCAAAAGUCACUUUGAUCCUGAAUUAGAAAGGCUCAGAAAAGAAAUUGAUGGCCCGCCAAACUUGGAUACAAUUGCAUUAAAUAUACAAAGGAUUACUUCUCACAUUCAUGCAUCUUACUUGUUCAGACACAUUGGAAAGUCAACAUUGCAAAAAUUAUGUUUGCUAUUAAGCUCUACUGCUACAGGAAAAGGAUAUAGUGGAUGGCAAGAAUUUGCAGCACAUCUGGGCUUGACAAUAGAGCAAAUACGUUACAUAGAUUAUAAUAAUUGCAAAGGCCAAGAGGAUCCCACUUAUUAUGUGUUGUUAGCUUAUGUGCAACGUGCUGAGGCAACUAUAGGCAACAUUAUAAAUACUUUGCAGAAAAUGCAUCGUUAUGAUGUGAUUAAUCAAAUAAAGGAUGACAUUUCUUAUUUACGGGAUGUUAUUCAACAGGAAUCUUCAGUUGCUGAAUCCAGUAUAUUAAAGACUAAAAGUAUUCCAAGAGCUCCUUUAAUUUUAACUCCACUGGAAGAUGUACAAGAAAUACAAACUACAAAGAGUCUUGACUCUGAAAAUACCUAUCAAAAUAACUUACAAAAGAAUAAGCAGAAAUAUGGGUGUGUAGUUAUGCUAACGUUUGCUGAAGAUGGAUUGGUAACAGCACAAGAUAUAUCAAAAAUAUUUAGGUCAAAUGAGCCCAAGAUUGGGGUACUCAUACUUCAAGAACAAGAAUACCACGUGUACAGCAAAGCAGAAGCAUUUAUAAAUGAUUGUUUCAACCAAGUGGAUUUUAUCAUACCAAUAUUAACCAAAGGAUAUUUGGAAAAAAUAAGUAUUUCCAAGAAAGAUUGCGAAGAUCAAAAUAAAUUAGAUAGUAAAUAUAUAAAAUAUAUAUAUUCCUUAAUGAUAAAUGAGUAUGUAAUGAAACAAUGUAUUAAUUCUCGUGUGAGGUGCAUAGUACCUGAUAAAGAAGUUCACACAAUCGUGAAAACAAAUGUGCAUCCAAUUUUUCAAGCAUGGUUUAAGGAAACUUACAUUGAUACAUUUAUAAGUAACUUUCUUGUACAAAAAUAUUCAAGAUGACAAUUUACUAUAAUAA